AUGGGUAUAAUUCCUGGAGUAAUCAGAGCUGAGGUGGACAGAGAAGGAAAGGAAAAGGGAAGGCCAAGGUGGUCGAGAACAGAAGCCAAUGUACCUGUUCCUGUUUGCCAUCCCUACGCUCCUCCGAGCGAUUCAGGCAUGAUUAGCUUCCUGGAGUUGGACCAGAUUGACAUUUCCCUCCAGAAGUUUCAGCAGAAGGCUCUGAAGCAGACUGAGCAGAAGAAAUCCAAGUCGGCUGAAUUUCUGAUGGUUGAAGAAGAUAGAGACGCUACAGAAGGCUUUGGAAAUCCAGCUUUCAACAUGAGCAACCCAGAACUCUUGGCACAUCAGGCUUCAGAAGAGAAAAUUAUUAGACAUGACACACCGGAUCGCAACCUUGCAGCUCACCAACAAAACUCCAGGCUGCCAGUCUCUGCAGAGCUGAAAGGAAAUGAAUACAGCAGAAAUUACUUUGACCCACCGAUGGAUGAGGAAAUAAACCCAAGGCAGUGUGGGAUGGAGGUCAGCAGCCAGGGUGAUGAUAAAAUGUUCUGUAAUCAAUUACUGAAGCUGGUUAAUGGGAGUAGACAAGAAGAAUUUCAAGGUGGCAAGAGCACGGAGGAGACUUUGGGUUCUGGAUCACUCACAAGUUCCCGCAAGAAUUGUGAGAUCAGCAAAGAGGUUGACGAAGCCACCUCUGUGUCCAUCAAGGAGUCUCAAAAACAGGGCCAGAGAGACGUGAUUCUACUUGGAAGUUCUCCCUUUGGACAGGACUUGAACUUUGAGAGAGAAAAACUUAACCAGUACAUUCCUAUGUCAUACUUAAAGAUGGACAAAACACCCAAGAGCAGAACUCCAAGUCAGCCAUUCGCAGCAGACUUCCAUGUCUGUGAAAAACACAGCGUCGCCAACCUUGGUUCCCUCGCGGAAGUAACUCACAGUUGCCAGGGAGCGGCAGGCUCUCGCUGGAAGUUCCAGUGCAAUUCAAGAAUUCUACCUUUCAUGCAGGUGGAGGAGUCUCUGUUGCCUCAGCUGUUUCAAAUACAGAUCAAAUGCAUCAGAGGCCUCAAGGACAAAGCUCCUCAAGGCUCUUAUGUCCUAGAGCUGUCCCUGCUGAGCCGACUGGCGGGCUGUGCCUUGCAGAGGCAGCAAACAGAGCAGCUGAGGACCAGGACACAUGCUGUUAGGCAUGAUGGCAACUUCUUCAACACAGGGCUGUAUUUCCAUGAAAGCCUUUGCAUGGAACUCCCUCAAAGGAAAGAUGUAAAACCUGGCCUAGCGCUCCUCUUUGAACUGUUUCUCGUUCCUGGGACAUCUGGUGGCAUCCAUCAGGCUGUGGGCUGGGCAGUGUUUCCUUUGUGUGAUGGCACUUUCGGCAUUGUGGAGGGAAAAUUCAAGUCUCCCCUGCUCCGAGGACAUUAUGAACAGAAACUCAACAGUUUCAGGAAAAUUGAAGAUUUGAUUUGCUUGGACUUGGACCAUUGGCUGUGCAAUCUCUAUUUUCAGGUAAUCAAGCUUCCUUUGCAUUUGGGUGAUCGAAAAUUUUACGAAAGUCAUACCUGGCCUUCCCCUGAGUGCUCUGUGUGUUCAGCGGGGGAAGCAGAGAAAGCAAAAUUAGGCACCGACGGUCCAUCUGCACUCUCAGGGAAAGAAACCCAGAGAAGCAUCGGAAAGACAGCGGCGCGCACAGCUGAACCCACCUUAUGUUCUUCUCAGGGGAGCAUUUCUAAUAAAACUGAUCCCUGCCCUACAGACCAUGAUCUAAGUCUCUUUAAAGAAGACCAGGAAUUAAACUUGAAGGGAGACAACGUGACUAACAAUUCUGUGAAGGAAAAAUCAACUUCUUUAAGACCUGGAGAACUUGAAGAUUAUUUUCAAGAUAUGUCUUACUUGGAAGAACUGGAGAAACACCAAUUUUCAAUCUGUUGUCCAAGUGGCCUUUCAAUGGCGGGUCACGGUGGACCUGGAGCGCUCCGCAAGCAUCUCCACUUUGUGAGGGCGUCGGUGUCUUCAGAGAUGCAGCUGGCACAGUGGCAGAGCCAGGGCUUCUGUUGCUCCGCCCUGCUGGGGACUUCCCUCUGCUUCCUGAGGCUCUGCCUGCACUACUUUGCCCAGUGGCUUUUCCUCCAGGCCAUCUCAACUCCAGUGACAAAAUUCCAUGUUCGCCCCUACACGGUUGAGCUUUGCUACCCAACGUCUUCGCUUAGUGUCGCAGAAGAGCUGGCUGUGGUCGCGGUGGGCCCUUUAAUGCUGAACACGGUCAUAUUUCUUUUGGUUCUGAUCAGAUGGGGCUGUCAGCUGCUGUUUGCCUCCUGCCCUGAGAUCUUGUCAAAGUUAAUCAUUGCCAUGGGACUAUGGACAGUUCUAGACCCAUUGGCGGUAUUUAUAGUGGAUACUUUCCUGGGGCGACUUAUGCAGAAGGGGGAGGCUCCCAUAGCUGAUGCAGCGAAGCUCUACUGGAUGUUUGUAAGAACACACCAAUCAGGACUACUUGGUGUGAUGAUCACUGUGCUGCUUUACAUCAUCCUGUUCAUCAUUUCUUCCUUGAUUUUGUAUAUAUAUUGUCUCAGGUUGGACUGCGACUCUUGGCUGCUGGAUGCUUUUCAGCGCAUCCAUAGCGAAGAAGCCAAGUUCUUCCUACCGUACGAUUUGGAGAUUUCAAACCAGGAACUAAGUUACAUAGUGAAAAGAUCAGAGCAGUGGAGAGGAAUCCAUGGGGAAAGAAGGAAGGUGGCAGUGUAUGAUUACAUCAGGAAAAGCCACGGCACGAAGUCCAGUGUCUCUAGCUGUGACCUCCCACGUCAAAAUGAAAUCUCUGGGUCUGCCUUUGGUCCAGGAGCCACUACUUCUCACGUGUCUAUAUAUACCGUUUAUCCCAGUGGGUUUCAAGAACUCUACCGCCAUUUUCUGAGACUUCCUAGUGGCGCCAUUGUGGAGGUAUUUGGUGAUGUCAGUGCCUUACGGUUGGUUCCCAGGGAAGUGACCACAGCUAUCGAAGAGCACAUACAUGAAAUGGACACUGUACUCAGAGAUUCCUAUGCCUCAAACCCAAGAGACAAGAGAAGAAUCCAUUACAGUAAAAAGGUACUUUUUCUGCUGGUUAGGCAUCCAACUCUGCUGUAG